AUGGGAUAUAAAGACCUUGAGUGGUUCAACAUGGCACUCCUAGCAAAACAAGGAUGGAGACUUGUGCAAAAUCCGAGUGGUCUAGUUGCUAAAAUUAUCAAAGAAAAAUACUAUCCUCAAGGCACUUUCAUGGAAGCUAAUUUAGGAAGACAACCCUCAUACGUGUGGAGGAGCAUAUGGAAUGCAAGAAGGCUGCUAGUUGAGGGACUGGCAUGGAGGGUAGGAGAUGGAAGCAAGAUUAGCAUCUGGAAGGACAAAUGGGUGUCUACGUCAACCGCUAGACUCAUCCAAUCCCUGGUCUUAAUUCUCGCACAGGAUGCCAAGGUGAGUGAACUAUUGGACAAGGAAACUAAUUGGUGGAAUACGACCCUUGUGCAUGAAGUUUUCUCGGCUGAGGAAACGGGGCUCAUAAGCAAUAUGGCGGAGCGCUUUGAAGUGGACAAAGGUAGCUGCUCGAACAGAGAUAGCAACAAGGGUUUAUGGAAGGCUAUAUGGAACAACGGAGUACCGAGACCAGUCAAAACAUUCUUGUGGAAGGCAUGCAAUAAUAUAUUUCCCACAAAAGAGAACUUGUUUAAGAAGCAUGUCACUCUUGAUCCCCCGUGCCCGAUAUGCAGCCUGGAGGGAGAGACAGUAGGGCACAUCUUGUGGAGUUGCCCAUCAGCCCAUGAUGUGUGGAAUGAAUGCACAACCAGAAUAAACAAAAGCACUAGUGAUUACAUUGACUUCAUAAGCAUCAUGGAGAAGAUGAUGAAACGAACUAGUGAGGAGGAGAUGAAACUGGUGGCCAUCGCUGCAAGGCAGAUUUGGCAUAGAAGAAAUUCAAUGGUAUUCGAAGGGAAGUUCACAUCUCCAACCACCAUUUUACGUAUCUCUAAGGACCAACUGGAGACCCACUUAAUGGCAGAGAAGCAGGAACGGGAUCGAAGGUCAACUCCACGGAGGCCAGAAGCAAAAUGCUGGAAGAAAUUGCCAGCAGGCUCCUUCAAAGUCAACUGGGACACUUUGGUUGACAACACAAGGAGAAGAGUAGGGAUCGGGCAUAUUGUUAGGGACUAUGGAGGAGAGGUUAUUGCUAUGCUGUGUGAGACGAAGGAUUACGUCCAGGACCCAGCAACGGCCGAAGCCUUAGCAGCAAGGAGAGGAGUAUAA